CUGACAGACAUUUGACAAAAUUCAUGUAUCGAUAGUUACAGACAAGACACUAAUUUCUGUCAUUUCUAUCGAGCUGGCAGCACUCUUUCUUUCUACAAGUCAUUGAAGGCAGAAAAAUUAAGUUCAUUUUGUGCUGCAAAAUUAUGCAAUUUGUUACUAACCAUCCUUUUGGACCGAAUGGACCCUACUAUGGUCGUCCCUGUCUACGUGAUCGCUUUCCCAGCCUGGUGGACGAGGUCGGGGAAUGGGGCGGCAGCCUGGUGGAGCAUCUAGGCAGCGCCAACAUCGAGAACAUGGGCGCCCGCCUCAAGAAGGGACGCAAGCACGACAAGGAGCAGGAAUUGCGUGACGCCAACGAGAACCUAUUGACCGGUUCUCCACGCAUCAGUCAGACGCUGCGCACCAAAGCGCGCAGCAUGCGACGUGCGCACGACAUGUUCGCGCCACAGAUGACGCGCGAGCCGCCGGUCUGGGCCGAGCCGCUGGAAACUGAGCGGCCGCGUCGGCGCAGUCGCUCAGUCAAUGUGCGGCCCACGGCUGAGCGACAGGCGGGCGAGCCCCCGUACAAGGGGAAAUGCGAUCAUUGCCGUCGCCAGGGCACCGAUGAUGCUGCGAGCGAUUUCAAUGCCCGCACCAUGGCCAUGCGCAUCAGUGACCAUCCCAUUCUCAGCAACCAGCACCAGUUGAUGCACUGCAUCCAUUUCGUGCCAGAUGUCGACGGCCAGCGAAAUGUGAGGAUUGGAUAGACCCGCCCGCCCGCCCGAAGCGAACCGAAGCGCAGUGCCUUGGCGCCUCUGGAGACCCCUGGAAUGAGGAAGUAACUGCAGAGAGAGCGCGAAAUUACACCAAGAAACACUUGAGAAUUGAUAAUUAUAAUAUAUUUAGUGUAAAACUAUGGAUUUCAUGGCUUACAAGGCAUUUUUCGCAGGUUUGUGGGAAACUGUGAUAAUGAAUGGCCCUGUAAAGUCUUUUUGGUGACUAUAUCUAUGCUAUCUCUGAGAUUGUGGCUUCAUUUGUGCCCCCCAAUUAGGCAACUAAGCAGAAAAGUCACUUCAUCAGCUCUGAGACCCUUCUGCAGUGCCAUUGCAGAUCUGCUGAACCCCUAGUCACUCUUCUAGCACUCACAUCUACCGAAUCUUAUCUUACGCGUUUCCGUUUCUAUCUCAUUUCACUGCUGGCGCCCAUCCCCAGCUAAAUCCUGCACAUCCUGCCGUCCUGCCCAUCGUAUUCGCUUGUUCACUUUGCCAUACGCUUUGCAUAUUUUAGGACGCAACAGGAAAUGAAUGAACACGCCCCAGCGACUGCAAACGAAACGAAAAGUGGCGAAAAAACAACAUCCACCCGCAGCAGCAGCAGGAGCAGGAGCAGGGGCAGUGGGAAAUGUUGGAAAGGCAA